GAUUUUUCUUAAAAAAAAAAAAAAAAAAAACUUCAUCAACUGCACUAUAAAUUCAUGCAAGCUGCAGACCACUUCAUCUCAUCGUAAAAAAUCGAAAAAUCCUUAAAACUUUUUGUAAUAUUCUGUUUUAAGCUGUAAUAAUAUAUUAUGGCAACCAGUGUUGUUGCUUCAAAAAUAGUGAGAUUUUUGCCGAAGAAAAUGGCGUUCAACCAGCUGCAAGAGUUGCCUGAUUCCGAUUUGCAGAAGAAUUUCGCGCUGAAAAUAAAUGUGAUUGAAAACCUCAAAUCUAAGAGAGUUUAUACCCCUCGGGCUGUCACGAUCGAUGCUCCUACGGAGAAAACAUCUCAAAGCGUAAGCAACAGUCCUCUAGCAAACUACGUUCCACUCUUCGUGAUGCUCCCUUUGGGAGUAGUCACGAGAGAAAACGAAUUUCCCGACCAAGAAAAGAUGCAGCGGCGGCUGAGGGAGCUGCGAAACGCCGGCGUCGACGGCGUCAUGGUGUCAUGGUCGACGUCUGGUGGGGUAUCAUUGAGGCCAAAGGCCCCAAACAAUAUGACUGGAAUUCUUACAAGAAAUUGUUCGAUCUUGUGCAAAAAUCCGGCCUCAGAAUCCAGGCCAUCAUGUCGUUCCAUCAGUGCGGCGGCAACAUCGGCGACGCCGUCCACAUUCCGAUCCCGGAAUGGGUCCUCGCCGUCGGAGAAGAAGAUGAAGACAUCUUCUACACCAACAGAGCCGGCAUUAGGGACCCUGAGUACCUCUCUCUUGGUGUUGAUAGCCUCCCCAUCUUUCGGGGACGAACGGCGAUCGAGGGACUUCAUGCAGAGUUUUAAAGAGGCGAUGGCGGAGUUAUUGGAGUCCGGGACGAUUAUAGACAUUGAGGUCGGAUUGGGUCCCGCGGGGGAGAUGAGGUACCCGUCAUAUCCCCAAGACCAGGGAUGGUUUUUCCCUGGAAUUGGGGAAUUUCAGUGUUAUGACAAGUACAUGAAACAAGACUUUGCGGCCGCCGCGGCCAAAGUAGGGCACCCGGAAUGGGAUCUCCCGGACGAUGCGGGCAUGUACAACGACACGCCCGAGAGAACGGGCUUUUUCCGUGCGAACGGGACUUAUCUAUCUGUGAAAGGGAAGUUUUUCUUGACAUGGUAUUCGAACAAGUUAAUUGAACAUGGCGAUCAGAUCCUCGAUGAGGCCAAUAAGGUGUUCCAGGGAUGCAGAGUCAGGCUUGCUAUCAAGGUCUCUGGAAUCCACUGGUGGUACACGGACGAUAGCCAUGCCUGCGAGUUGACAUCGGGGUACUAUAAUGUCAAAGGCAGGGAUGGCUACCGUCCCGUGGCCAGGAUGAUAUCCAGACACUACGGUACAUUGAACUUCACAUGUCUCGAGAUGAAAAACACGGAGCAGCCGGUGAAUGCUAAAUCCGCCCCCGAACAACUUGUGCAGCAGGUAUUGAGCGGUGGAUGGGCCGAAAACGUGGACGUGGCCGGAGAAAAUGCUCUUCAAAGAUAUGAUCGGAAGGCCUAUAAUCAAAUCCUACUAAAUGUUAGGCCAAAUGGUGUCAACAAAAAUGGUCCACCUAAGUAUAAGAUGGCUGGAGUCACAUACCUUCGAUUGACCGAUGAAUUGUUUGAGUCAAAAAAAUUUAAAAUAUUCAAACAAUUUGUGAAGAAAAUGCACGCGGAUAUGGAAUACUCACGGGAAAUGACGGAUGUGCCCGUGUUGCAGAGAUCGAAGGCGAAGAUUCCAAUUGAGAAACUUCUAGAAGCUACGGAACCAAUCGAGUCGAUUUCAUGGGACAGCGAAACUGACAUGAGCGUGGGAGGCGCUUUGGCUGAUUUUUUGGACAAUAUAUUGGACAAAUUCCUUUCUAUACUAAAAUAAGUUGCAUGAGCUCGUGCAAGUUUAAUUAUGAGAAAUUUACGGUUGUAUUGUAAUUUGUAAAUAAUCGAAUCCCCGAUGGGAUUUAAUGAGUUUGAUUAUACUAAAUAAAUAUUCAUCUCCUAUUUAAAAUA